GUAGUGUGCGAACGAGGCCGAUCUGCGGAAUACUGGCCGGCACAGCAGGAAACCAGGAAAGGCAAAGUCGCAGCUCGAGGGGGGACAUCUCCGAGCCAGGAUCCGACACCCAGCCCCAUGCUGUGCGACGCUGUUGGAGCCCCAGCGCGGCGCGGCCCGCGACAGCGCCGAGAAUGAAGGAAAAGACAUCCGCGCCAGCGACGACCGACGCCAUUGAAGGCAACGCCUCUUGCGACUCGCCUGCAGCGCCCGGCAAGAGCAGCGACGCCAUGACGACUGGGCGUUCGCAUCCCUGGCAGGAGCUGAAGGAGGAAGAGGCCGGGGCCGGGGUUGUGGAGAUGACGACCACGCGAAGCGGCAGCCGUAGCGGCAGCGACUGUGUCGCGAUGGUCUCGCGCGACACCAAAGACGACAUCCCGAUUGAGAUGGAUCCGGUGAUCGCGCGCCCGACGGGCUCGCAGCCCGCGUCACCCGUACCGCUCGGCGCCGGUGCCGCGUCGGAGCGCACGGAAGCCGGGCACGGCGGCGCGGCGGAGACGGGGACAGCGUCCGGGACCGAGUACAAAGUCUAUAAGCGGCGGUGGUUUGGACUGCUACAAUUGACGCUUUUGAACAUCAUCGUCAGCUGGGAUUGGCUCACCUUCUCGCCCGUCGCCAGCGACGCGGCAGCGUACUUCAACACCGACGAGACCACUGUCAACUGGCUGAGCACGGCCUUCAUGUUCUCCUUCUCCUUCAUCACCCCCGUGGUCAUCUACGUGCUGCACCUCGGGCCGAAGCCGUCCAUCAUCACGGCGUCCGCCCUCCUCCUGGCCGGAAACUGGAUCCGCUUCGCCGGGUCCCACUCGAGCUCGGGGGGCCUCUUCGGCGUCGUCAUGUUCGGCCAGAUCCUGACGGGGCUCGCCCAGCCGUUUGUGCUCGCCGCCCCCGCACGCUACUCCGACCUCUGGUUCACCAACCGCGGCCGCGUAGCCGCCACCGCUCUGACCAGCCUCGCCAACCCUUUCGGCGCCGCCCUCGGCCAGCUCAUCGUCCCCUUCUGGGUCAACCAACCGAGCGACAUCUCCCACGCGGUGCUCUACGUGUCCAUCAUCUCCUCCGUCUGCGCCCUCCCCUCCUUCUUCAUCCCCGCCGCCCCGCCCACACCCGCCGCGCCGUCGGGCGAGACGCCCAAGCUCUCGCUGCGCGCCUCGGCCCGCGUGCUGGUGUCGCAGCUCGAGUUCUGGCUGCUCUUCGUCCCCUUCGCCGUCUACGUCGGCCUCUUCAACAGCACUUCGUCACUGCUCAACCAGAUCCUGCUGCCGUACGGCUACUCGGACGAGGAGGCCGGCAUCGCCGGCGCCCUGCUCAUCGUCGUCGGCCUCGUCUCCGCCGCCGUCACCAGCCCCAUCAUCGACCGCACCAAGUCCUACCUGACCACCGUCCGCCUGGCCGUGCCGCUCGUCGGCCUGUGCUACCUGGUGUUCGUGUGGAUGCCGGGCACGCGGCCCGCCGCCGGCGUGGCCGGGCCGUACGUGGUCAUGGCCGUGCUCGGCGCCGCCUCCUUCUCGCUCUUGCCCGUCGCCGUCGAGUACCUGGUCGAGCUGACGCACCCGGUCAGCCCGGCCGUGACGUCGACGCUGGCCUGGAGCGGCGGGCAGCUGCUCGGCGGCGUGUUCAUCGUCAUCUCGGGCGCGCUGAGGGCCGGCGACGACGCGGAGCCGCCGGGGAAUAUGCGCAACGCGCUGAUCUUUGCGGCCGUGCUGGCCUUGGUGGCGGUGCCGCUGGGCUUGUGUCUGGGGCUGUUUGGGAGGAAAGAGAAGUUGCAGCUGAGGAGAGUCAGGUCGGACGAGGAGAAGCGGGGGAGGGAGGAAGCGGGGAAAUGA